AUGACCAAGCAGGACAUCCCCCCACCUCCCCUCCUCUCUGAGAAACACAACGGAAUUCCAGAAAGGCUGCUUGAACAGGCCCAUAAGGCGAAAAGCAGUAUUUUUGAGAUAGCUACAAAGCCCCAAAGCAAUCGGACACAGAUAGCAUUGCCUCAAGGUGUCAGUGAGGCAGCGUUUCACCGGGCAAUUGAAAGCCUCCGAGACCAAGUUGGCCAAGCCAAUGUUGAACUAGUAAAAAAGCUAGCGGAUGGGUGGUAUAUUGAAAAUCCAAAUACGCACGAUGGAAUGCACGUGGUGGCAGAAGAUGACCUCGUUGCUUCUGCUGCAGUCUACCCUAGCACCACAGAGGUAGUACAGAUAAUUGUCAGAUGGGCCAACGAGUAUCGAAUCCCCAUUUCACCAAUCUCCAUCGGUCGAAACUACCUCGGAAGACGAAUGAACCGCAUCCUCGACAUAAACCCUGAUGACUACACAUGUCUCGUGGAGCCGGGUGUCACAUACUUCGCAUUGUAUGAAGAGAUCCAAGCUCGAGGCUAUAAGCAUCUUUGGAUUGAUGUCCCCGAUAUUGGAGGUGGGUCGGUACUGGGAAAUGCUGUUGAUCGUGGUGUUGGGUAUACGCCGUAUGGAAAUCAUUGGAGUAUGCAUUCUGGUAUGGAAGUGGUUCUUCCGACAGGUGAGGUGAUCAGGACUGGUAUGGGUGCUUUGCCGGGAAACAAUAGCUGGCAACUGUUCGCCCCUGGGUUUGGACCAACUCCCGAUGGGCUAUUUUCCCAGUCGAAUUUGGGUAUUGUGACGAAGAUGGGACUUGGCUUAAUGCCGAAUCCUGGAGGCCAUGAAGCUUAUCUCUAUACAUUCCCCAAGGAGGAAGACCUCGCUCAGCUGAUUGAAAUCAUUCGCCCCCUGCGUAUCGCAAUGAUCCUCGAAAACGUUGCUCAGCUUCGCCACGUCAGUAUGCAGGUUGCUCUCAAAGGCAAACCCCGAAGCCAAUAUUACAACGGCAAGGGUUGUGUCCCCGAUAAAAUCAUUCACGAUAUCGCCAACAGGCUUUCCCACGGCGACUGCGCAUGGCUGUAUUACGGAAUGUCAUAUGGCCCACCGGAAAUCCGCAAGUACAAACUCGACAUCAUCGAAAAGGAAUUCAUGAAGAUCCCCGGCGCUCGACGAAUCGAUCCAUCGACUCUGUCUUCCGAUGACUAUUUCUGGGUCCGUGACCGUUUUGCCUCUGGGGUUCCAGAAAUCGAAGAGCUUCGAUGGGUAAACUGGCAUCCGAAUGGUGGACAUGUGGCGUUCAGCCCCGUCUCGCCUGUCCGAGGUGAAGAUGCAACGGCACUAUGGGAUAUCGCACGCAAGCGACGUGAAGAGUUUGACUUGGACUUAUUCCCUACUUUCGUUGUGGGGUUGCGUGAGAUGCAUCUUAUUGUUGAGAGUGUUUUCAAUCGCGAUGAUCCAGUUAUGCGAAAUAAUGCACGUGCGAGUGUUCGACCUAUGGUUGAUGAUGCGGCGAAGAGGGGAUAUGGUGAGUACCGUACGCACUUGACCUUCAUGGAUCAAAUUGCGGGAACCUAUAAUUGGAAUGAUGGAGCUCUUAUGAAGUUCAAUGAGAAGAUUAAAGACUGCUUGGAUCCGAAUGGAAUUAUGGCUCCUGGGAAAUCUGGUGUUUGGCCAGCUCGUUAUCGUGGACGAGGCUGGGAGAUGAGUGCGAAGGAUGAAGCCUCUGAAGGCGAUGGCGUGAACCCUAGUGUGGGCUCUGUGAAAAUUUGA